GGCUCCAUCUCGUCCCACUCCCGUCCAUCCAUCCAUAGCUGAAACUGAAAGUCCCACACAUCAUCACCGCACCGCCCUUGUUAGCAGCCAUGACCGCUCUCGACUUCAUGCCCGCCGAGAAGCCCCCCCAAGCCGGCAGCGUCGCUCUUGGCACCACCACCCACAAUGCCGCCGCCGCUGCCGCCAUGCGGGUGCGCGAGUUCGUCCAGCAGAGGAGGCUGGAGGGGAAGGUGGCCAUCGUCACCGGCGGGGCGCGCGGGAUCGGGGAGGCGAUCGUGCGCGCGUUCGUCCGGCACGGCGCGCGCGUGGUGAUCGCCGACAUCGACGACGCGGCGGGCGAGGCUCUGGCUGCCGCGCUGGGCGGCGCCCUCUGCAGCUACGUGCACUGCGACGUGUCGGUGGAGGCCGACGUGGAGCGCGCGGUCGGUUGCUGCGUGGCGCGGUACGGGCGGCUGGACGUCCUCUGCAACAACGCCGGCGUGCUGGGCCAGCAGACGCCGCCCUCGGGAGCGGGCGCGGGCGCCAAGAGCGGCGGCAUCGCGACCCUGGACGCCGCCGAGUUCGACCGGGUGCUGCGCGUGAACACGCUCGGCGCGGCCCUCGGCAUGAAGCACGCGGCGCGGGCCAUGCUGCAGCGCCGCGGCGCAGGCGGGAGCAUCGUGUCGGUGGCGAGCGUGGCCGGCGUGCUGGGCGGGAUGGGCCCGCAUGCGUACACGGCGUCGAAGCACGCGCUGGUGGGGCUGACCAAGAACGCGGCCUGCGAGCUCGGGGAGCACGGCAUCCGCGUGAACUGCGUGUCCCCCUUCGGCGUGGCCACGCCAAUGCUGGUGAAUGCGUGGCGCCACAGCCACCAUGAUGAAGAUGAAGACGGGAGCGCGGCGGCGCCGGUGAGCGCGGAGGAGGUGGAGAAGGCGGAGGAGAUGGUGCGCGGCAUGGCGACGCUCAAGGGCACGACGUUGAGGGCAGGGGACAUCGCGGAGGCGGCGCUGUUCCUGGCCAGCGAGGAGUCGAGGUACAUCUCCGGGCACAACCUCGUCGUCGACGGCGGCGUCACCACCUCCAGGAACGUCAUCGGGCUGUGAUGGAUGGUGAAGUCAAACCGAUUGAGAUGCAGUUGGAGGGGAGUACGUGCUCCAGUGUCGCAAUCAAGUACAGCUCCAGUGAGUGGGCCAAGCCGCAUGCACGAACUGUACUUAAAUUAAUUAUAAGUUGGCAAUAGUGGUAAGACUAGUCAUAAUGGAGAGUAACAUACACUAAUAACAUACACGUAUCCCUAGACUAUGUUACUAACCUCAUAGUGGGUAGAAAUUAAGUGUGGUAACAUGCAAGGAUUCAUUUAUUAGGUUAUAUACUCAUGUUGCAUUGGGACAUGCGAUGUUACAGUAACUAGCUAAGUUACUACAACUCCCUGUCUCCUCAUUAACUCAUUGCCACAUAAGCAAAUUUGCUGAGUUGUACUCGAUGUUACUGCUGAAGUUACUCCCACUGUGGCUAGUCUAAGUAGGA